GGUUUCUCCCCCUCUCUGCUCCUCUCCUCUCCUCUCCUCCUCUCCUCCUCCAGCGUGCAGCUCUCUCCUCCACAUCCUCCUCACUUCCCCAGUCGGCCAGCCAGCCUGUCGGAGCUUCUCUAACUGCGCGCAACCAACACCGUGUCGCUCCGCAUUGACAAACUGCAGGACGGAUGUUUUUUAUUUCUUUUUCUCUUUUUUUUGUUGUUGUCGGUCAGUCGCUUGUUUUGCACAUUUUGUUUUUUGUUUUUUGUUUUUUUACCUCGGAGGGAAAACCCUAAUGGAGUUUUUGGCGUUUUUUGGAAGGCAAAACGCUAAAAUAAUGCAGCAGCGGGAAAGGAUCCGAGUCUCACGAUUCUUCCCCUUGGAGUAACGGCCAAUGGACGCCACGCAGAGAGCCUCACCCCCCCUUGCCAACUGCUAUGGAGGCACGCCAAGCCACGCCGGUGACCUUUAUCGCACCAUGAAUGCAAGCUCUGCCGCUCUAAGAGGACACAAGUAACCUUUUCUUGUUAUCUAAGAAGGAGCUGUUGAUCUGAAGAGAGAGGAGGGGGGAGGCGGGGCAAGAGGUGGAGAGAGGAGGAGGAGAAGAAGAAGAGUCCAGUAAAACAAACAGUCAAACAAGCAAAAAAAAAACAAAAAACAGGCAGCGACAGGAUGCCAAAGAGGUCCGAGGAGAUGCUGGUGGAUCUGUGGAUGUCCUUGCUGCUGGUGUGGAUUACUUGUGUCCCCUCCAUUUCCACGACCCCCAUUGGGGGCCAAUCCAGAACAGCACAAACCGGAGGGUCGGCGGCGGCGGCAAGCGGUCUUGGCGAAGGACAAAGAUUACUGAGCCGCGCCAAGAGAGGAUGGGUUUGGAAUCAAAUGUUUGUGCUGGAGGAAUUCUCUGGACGGGAUCCAAUCCUGGUUGGCAGGCUACACACAGACUUGGAUGUGGGCAACAAGAACAUCAAAUAUGUGCUGGCAGGCGAGGGGGCAGGCACCAUUUUCGCCAUCAAUGAGUUAACAGGUGACAUCCACGCCAUGAAGAGGCUGGACCGCGAGGAGAAAGCGGAGUACACGCUAACAGCCCAGGUCGUUAACGCCGACACAGACGAGCCUUUGGAGCCACCGUCCGAGUUCAUCAUCAAAGUCCAGGACAUAAACGACAAUCCGCCGCAGUUCAUCGAAGGCCCGUACCGCGCGUCUGUUCCCGAAAUGUCUGCUGUUGGUACCCCGGUUACCAGGGUAACAGCUACGGAUGCCGACGAUCCGGUGUACGGGAACAGCGCCAAGCUGGUCUACAGCAUACUGGACGGACAGCCGUACUUCUCCGUGGACCCAAACUCUGCUACCAUAAAAAUCGCUCUCCAUGGGAUGGAUCGGGAGGUGAAAGAGGAGUACUUUGUGGUCAUCCAGGCUAAAGACAUGGGGGGUCAUAUGGGCGGCUUGUCCGGGACGACCACAGUGACCAUCAUGCUUACGGACAUCAACGACAAUCCACCCAAGUUCUCCAAAAGCUUGUACGAGUUUGGGAUCCCUGAGGACCUUCCAAUAGGGAAGACAGGCGGCAAGGUGAAGGCGUCCGAUCGAGACAUCGGCGAGAACGCAAAGUCAACGUACAACAUCAUAGAGGGAGAUGACCUCGGCACGUUCGAGAUCAUCACCGACGCACAAACACAAGACGGGAUUCUUAGGCUAAGAAAGCCUCUGGACUAUGAGAGCAAGAAAGCCUACACACUGAAGGUGGAGGCGACCAACGUCCGCUCGGAGCCCGGCAGCGGCGGGCCCUUCAAGGACACGGCCACGGUCAAGAUAGUGGUGGAGGACGCCGACGAGCCUCCGGUCUUCUCCAAGCCCAUGUACCUACUGGAAGUGAAGGAGAACGCCCCCGUCGCCACGGUGAUCGGGAGGGUAGCCGCCAGGGAUCCGGACUCCUCCGGGAGCCUCGUCAGGUACUUCAUCGAUCGGCACACGGAUCUGGAGAGGCAGUUCAACAUCAACGUGGACGACGGGAACAUCACGCUGGCCAAGCCGCUGGACCGGGAGACGGAUAUGUGGCACAACAUCACAGUAACCGCUACAGAAGUCAGAAACCACAGUCAGAUAUCAAGAGCAAUUGUGGCCAUCAGAGUAAUGGACAUUAACGACAAUGCCCCUGAGUUUGCCACUGAAUACGAGGCCUAUCUGUGCGAAAAUGGGAAACCUGGACAGGUGAUUCACACCGUCAGCGCCAUAGACAAAGACGACCCGAGCCAGGGUCACAGAUUCGACUACCGCCUGGUCCAAGAGAUGCAGAGCAACCCGAACUUCACCAUCAAACACAACCAAGACAACUCGAUCAGCGUUGUCGCCAAGCACGAUAGCUUCCGACGACAGAAGCAGGAGAUCUACUACCUGCCGAUUGUUGUGUCGGACCAAGGCCAUCCGCCGAUGAGCAGCACCAACACCCUGACCAUCCGGGUCUGUGGGUGCAGCAGAGAUUUAGUAGUCCAGUCCUGCAACGUGGAGGCCUACGUCCUGCCCAUCGGUCUCAGUAUGGGGGCGCUCAUCGCCAUCUUGGCUUGCAUCAUACUCUUGCUAGUAAUAGUAGUACUAUUUGUGACCUUGAGGAGACACAAGAACGAGCCCCUGAUCAUCAAGGACGACGAAGACGUGAGGGAGAACAUCAUCCGCUACGACGACGAAGGCGGCGGCGAGGAGGACACCGAGGCAUUCGACAUCGCCACGCUGCAGAACCCGGACGGCAUCAACGGCUACCUGCCGCGCAAGGACAUCAAGCCGGACCUGCAGUUCAUGCCCCGGGCGGGGCAGCACUCGGGCCCGAACGGCGUGGAUGUGGACGAGUUCAUCAACGUGCGUCUUCACGAAGCCGACAACGACCCGACGGCUCCGCCGUACGACUCCAUCCAGAUCUACGGGUACGAGGGCCGGGGGUCGGUCGCCGGCUCCCUCAGCUCGCUGGAGACGGCGUCGUCGGACUCGGACCAGAACUAUGACUAUCUCAGAGAGUGGGGCCCACGCUUCAGAAGACUCGGGGAGCUCUACUCUGUGGGCGAAAGCGACCGCGAAACCUGACCUUUGGUCUGUUAGGGAAAAAAAGGAAAGAAAAAAAAAGACCUUUCUAAGUUUUUCUUUUUUUCUUCUUUUUUUUGCUUUUGACAUAUUUGUGUAUUAAACGCUAGGGUUUGCUGGCUCAUAGAAACGUGUUUCAAAAUAAAAAUAAAAAACAAAACAAAAAAAAACAUUAAUAACAAAGAGCGGCCACCUUUUUGUAUUCUUUUUAGAGUGAGGUUUAGCAGUCGUCAUCCACUAGGUCAAGCGCAAUGUACUUGUCGAACCAAACAAUGUCUUUAUUAGGAGAUUCUUGUGGAGUGUACCUUAGAUUCAGUGUGGAGUGUCUAGCAGUACUUCGGGUGUUUGUCAUUUGCUGUGACUGCAGGUAGCAGACAAAACCCUGGCAUUUCUGGUAGUUACCAAACCGACGGUUGGUUCCACAAAGAUCGACCGGUCACCGUUACCCUGUUCUCCUCUUACACCGAGCUGGACUACAGAAGCUGCAGUGGGACCAUCUGGGUCUCCCAAAGGCCCCCUAGAGAAGAGAUGAAGGGGCUGAAAAAUGAAAAAGCAAUACCUGGUCUACAUAACAAUGAUGAAUGUAUGUAAGGUUUGGAAAUCAAGCAAAAGGACUAACCAAGGAUUGGCUUUAAGGUGAAAUUGUCAUAAUUUGAUAUGUUCUCUGGUGUCUACCUUUCUAGACUAUCCGAAAGCCCCGGGAGGCUCGCUUUAUACAACUCUUUGUAUUUACAUGCUACAGGUGUGGGUCGCAAGUGUUACUAGCCUAUAAAAGACUGACAUAAAGACAAAAAACAGAAAUGUAGAAACUUUGAGGCCUUCUUUUUACAGAAGCAACAUUAAAUACAAUUGUAAUCUACUGUUUUUUGACAAGAGACGUGUUGAUUCUUCAUUCCUGUUCUAUCGGUUUUUGUAUAUCUGUUCUUAAGUCUUCAUUUCUCCCCCCUGUGCUAUUUGAAAUGAGUGUGUUUAGAUGAUUUCACAUUCAUUUUUUUGUUUUUCCGAAACACUUGAUCACAGUUUAAUAGCAGCCAAAUCAUAUCAUGAAUUCUUGCAGGUGAUGAUCGGCACUGGCUUUUUAACAAACGUACGCCGAGGUUCUGUGGCUUAAAAGUCUAUUGGAUCUGAAGGUUUUCUUUGACUGUGCAGAGCAUUGAGUAAUGCAGUGCUGUCCUUCUCCCACAUUUCAAUACACACUCCUGGCUGAAAGACCUUUGUCUCCUUUGACGCAUUGAACACAUCAAUGUUUUUCCUCUAUACUUUUGUUUCUGGUAGGACUACUGAUGUGAAAUUCAGACCAGAUGUCAGUAACAACCCAAGACAUCCACAUGAAUUAAUUCAUUAACAAAUUAAUCCAUGAAUUAAAUUGUACAGUAGCACAAAAUUGUACAGAAGAGAAAUUAAGCAUGAAAAAGCUGCAAAAAGACAUAAAUCCAGGAAGUCAGAUCAAAUCUGUUGGUAUUUAAUAACAAUUUGAUGUGAACUGGUUGUAGUGCAAAUUUAUGUCUUUUCUAAAGGCCCUGUUACCAAAGAUCAAAAUAGAUAAAAAAAAAUAGCCACUUAUUUUAUGUUUUACUGCUUUACUUUGUACAGAGGGUCUGGACACUCGACUAUUGACAAACGACUGGUUGCAAUUACUAGGCUAGGACUAACCUAUACUAUUAGUACAAAACAUGCUAAUGGCAUAGGUUACACGUAUUUCUAAGGAUAUAAAUGCUCCUCCAAGUAGCAUUGUGGCAAUAAUACAGCAGUGUAAGGAACAGUAUAUACAGUACCAUAAAUCAGCCUCAGCCUGGUGCUCUUGGCUAUAUUUAUUAUGGAGGAAUGGGGAAAAAAAUACAACCGGGAAAGAGAACUGAAACCGCCCUGUUUUGGUAAGAAAAACCUGCUGAAAGUCACUUCAAAAGUUUGCUACAGGACAACUGAUGAAGUCAAUGAAACACUUGAAGAAUAUAGCCUGGGUCAGUAUUUUGAGACCAAUGUCUUUGCACAGACCCUGUUUGGAAAAUAAAUGGGUCCUGUACAAAUCCUAAACAAAACCAAACCAACAGUGAAGUCUGGAAGUGGGAACGUCGCCUUCGUUUAGCAUAUGGCAUUGUCGGAAGUCAAAUAUUUAAAGGAAGGCUCAACAGAGAAAUGUGCCAGAAACUGAAGACAAAAUGAGAGUUGAAUUUUAAACAACACAUGGCCAAAGAAGCUGAAUUAGUUUUAGAGAAAGUACAAGAAUCACCUAGUCAAUUAUUCGACUUGAAUCACUUUAGAAAUAUAUUGAAACAUCCAAACAAAAGCAGGAGGCCCCCAGAAAGUUGAAAAUGGUCUGUGUGGAAGUAUAGGUCAAAAUGACACCUGAGCAACACAUGCAGCUAGUUUCACCAUAAAAGAGACAUCAUAAAGUAUAUUUUGGUCAUUACCAAAAUAUACUUUCCUAAAAUACUAUGUUCUCAUAUUUGCGUGUCUGAGUUCUUACCAGAUUUCUCCCACAGUCCAAACACUUAACUGGUAGGUUAACUGGUCUUAAGAAAUUGUUUUAAGGUAUCUGUGUGUGUGUCUACGUUGGCCUGUGAUGGACUGGCAACCUGCUCCUGGUUUUCUUUAGCCUCUCGCCCAACUGCAACUGGCGUUGGACAAAGGAUGGAUGAAAGUUCAUCCAUUAUAUUCACCUUCUUUUGCAUAUUGAUGAUGCUUUCUUUGUUGCCCACGACUGAUGAAACUUUAAUGUCAGUAGUUCCAUUAGAUUUACUGAGUUAAAAUGUUGAUGUGUUCUUAUUGUCCCCACUCUCAUACAGCAAACCACGUCUAGUGCUAUACCAUAAAAUCAUUAAUAUUUUACUCAAAGUUAUCGUAUUGAGAAUCUGACACCAGCCCAUGCCUAGUGAUGACACAGACUAGAUGUAAGCAGGCACGCUGGAGCUCUAAAGUUGCUCAAACAAAACAGAGGAACUUACUGAUAGUGAUUAAUUACGGUAUGAUGGUACUAAGACAUUUCUGACACAUGUUGAUUGAGAAUAAAAUGCAACCCAAGCCGCGUCCAAGGAUACAACAAGUGAGCCUCUGAGCACAACAGUCCAAUUAGGACCCAGGAGUGUGACUUUCUUCAAACAUCAAACCUCAUUUAGCAAACGCAGAUCACAUUAGCCCAAGAAAAAUGAAAACACUGAUUGAGAUUAUGUGCAUAUUGUGCUCACACUGUAUGAUACCAAUAAAAAAAAAAAAGUCUUGUUCUGUACAUAGAGUUACUGCUAACGUCAUUAGCUUUCGAUGAGGUGGUAGGUUUUGUCUCUGCACGUUAGCUCUUGCACAUAAUGACAAUUUCAAUGGCACUACAGCUGCGUGCAUACUCAGUUUGUACUGAUACAGUAUUCUGGCAGUUCUUAGUAGACGAAACAAUAUAUAUGGGAUAGUUCUACAUGCAGAUCAUAUUUUCUACUGUGCUUUAAUGCUUAUAAAUGUGUAUGUUCAAUUAUUUACUCCCUGUACUGUAAUCUAAGACACCCUGUAUUGUUUCCUACUUUGUGAAAUAUAUUUUUAUAAAUAUUGCUGAA